UGGUUAGAGCGUGGUAUUUCAUUUUCUUGGCAUAAUAAACAAUCGUAGCAAGUGGGUAGGAGAAAUAGAUAGUGAACGUUUUGAGAAUUUCUUUAUCUCUCGUUCAAUUAAUAAUGAUUUUAGUCAAAGUAUUAAAGAGUUAUUUAUUUUAAACGUAUAUACAUAUAGAUAUAUCUAUAUAGAUAUAAAUAGGGUAGAAGAUGAAUCCAUCGAUUUUUUCUAAUCCUUUUAUCUACUGCUAUAAAAUAGCAUUCACUAUUUUUUUUCCUAUUACUUGCCAUUGUUUACUUACGAUCGUUAAGCCAAUAUGAUUUUAAAAUUCCGUUCUAUUAAUUUAAAAAAAUCAUUCAGAUGUACUUAAAAUGUGCUCACGAAGAAAUGUGUUCGCUGAUACAUAUAUAUAGAUAUAUACAAAUGUAUAUUUUUUAAGUAUUAUAUAAAUAUUACUAAAAAAUGUAUGCAUACAUACACAUAUACGCAUGGAUAUUAUAAAUAUAUACACAUAUAUUUCACUAUAUAACUUGAACUGAUUAAUAUACGAAAUUGUGAUAUACAUGCUGUGGAUUUAAAAAUGGUCUUAAGUCGAAAUGAUAAAAGAAAAAGGAAGGAAGGUGAUCUGGUUGAUCUCAUGGAGCCCGUUUCGGAAUCACCGAAAAGAGCUAAGGUUCAUGCACAAAGGAAAUUUGCACAAGGUGCAACGACGGUUUUUAAUUUACCACCCACACCUAUAAAGGAUAAAGAAAAAGCUAAACCUGCUGUUAUAACUGAAUUGAUUACUCAUAAACGCCCUAAUACAGAAGACUUUUUAACUUUUCUAUGUUUCCGAGGAACAUCACUUUUACCACCAAGUUUAAAUUUCUUUAAUCUCGGAACCAAAAAGGAAAAACAAACACCUAAACUUUCAUCUAAUGUAACAGGAAAGACUACAUCUUCGACUACUCCAGUGACAGAACAAAAAUCUGAUUUACCUAAUCCAAAAAAUGUUAAUAAAGUAAAAAGUAUUGUAACAGAGAAGAAAGAUGCUCCUAAUGAAAUUCCGAAAAAUGUUAACAAGUUUAAAACUACAGCAUGUACAGUUCAGGCGCUUAAGAAAAAAUAUCAAGAACAACGGCUUGCCAAACAGAGGAUUAAAAGAAAAUUUAAAAGUUCUUGUAUCAUACGUACAAGAUCAUGUUCAGAACGAACCGUGUUAAAACCAGGAAGUACAUUAACUUCGAAGAAAUUUCUUACCAAAUUUGAAAGUAAAAGACAUAGUCUAAGGAGCAGUUCUCUGUUAAAUAAAUCUAAGAAGGAAGCUCCUAGAACCAAACCUGUUUUAGUUAAGCCAAAGAAAAAAAUUCUCAUGAAAGAGAGAAAUAGUGAUACAUCUAACCAAGAUUCGAUGAAUGACGAAGAGGAGUUAUCUUUAGAAAAGUCGAUUUCACAAAUGAAACGUACAAUACAAAAAUCAGUACAGAAAAGUGUAUGCACUAGAAGUAAAACAGAAAUGCGAAGAGUAACUCGAUCUCAUAGCCAACGAACAUCUGCGAAAGAUCUUUCACGUAGGCCAACAAGAAAGACAAAAGAAGCAGCAGCUGUGUAUAUGGAAAUUCUUGGAAGAAAAUUAGUGAGUCCUGAUUUGGAUAAUGAUGAUAAUCUUUCUGUUGAUAGUUUUCCAGAGUUACCAAAUGCUCGUAAAAUAGCUCAAACAGAAAAUGAAAUGAAAGCUAAAAUCAAGCAGCCAACGAAUAAAUCUGUAGGAAAAACUAAAGAUACAAGAACCACUACUGCUUCUACUGGUAUGACUAGACGCUCGGAUAAGGAUGUAUCUAAUAAAAUGGCUCUUAAAAGUAAAAGAUUAGUUAAAGUUCAAAAAUAUUCUGAAACAGAAAGCGAGGAAGAAUCAGAGAAGUCUGUUGAAACUAGUAAUGCAAGACCUAUUACCAGACAAAGUUUAGGUAAAUUAAACAAGCCUAUAAGUCGUAGUCUUAGGUCUUCUUCUAAAAAUUUAGUCACGAAAUUAGAGUCUCAAAAUAAUACAAGUACUAAAAUUAAAAAUCAAAAUUCAGCUAAAUCUAACAAAGAUAAAUUAGCACUAAAACGUAAACGUAAUCAAAGCGCUAGUAAAGAAUUACCACCAGAUAAGCAGGAUGAAUCUAAUAAUCAAAAGGAUCCUAAGAAACAUAAUAAUGGAGAUAAUUCUGGUUCGGACGAAGAAACAUUAGGAAUGAUUUUGAAUAAAUUAAGAAAGAAGAAGACCUGUAAUAACGAAGAAAAAUUAAAUACUAGCGUUACGGAAAAAAUAAAAGAAAGUAAUGAAUGUUGCACAAAGAUGUGUGGUACUAAAUUAGAUUUAUCUAAAAUAUCGGACGACGAGGAAUCAUUUCGUGGAUUUACUAAGAAAGCGAUUUCAACGGUAUUAAAUUCGUGUCAUACACACGCAAACGCAAAUCUUCUUGUUACCGAAGAAGACGACGGACAUUCGUAUACGCUUAAAAUACAAAGUGUGUCGCGCGAUGAAAAUUCAUUAACCGUACAAAAACACAAUGUUUCCAGAAACAGUACUUCUUCGCCAAUUACAACUAUACAAGAACAAGAAACAGCAUCAGAUUUACCAACUUCUAUUCAGUUGCAGAUACCAAUGUUACAGAAGACGAAAGAAAGUCAAUGUAAUCAUGAAAAUAUAGAAUCUAAAAAUAUUGUCGAUAUACCCUUGUCAGCUUUGCACAUGAGAAAAGAAAGGGUCAAUAUGUCUACCGAACAAAUAGAGAAGUGGUUAAAUGAAAGUUCUCUAGCCAAGGAAGAAAGUAAAUUAGAAAUGGAAAAUAUACCUAGCUUUAAAUAUAAUGACCCUAUUAUUAAUACAGAUAAAUUAAAAAUUGAUGUUCCACACUUAUCCAUACCGACCAAAAUUCAACAUUUAGUAAGACCCGUUAAUGUAACACUUUCUAAAUUAGCCGAAAAAGCUAAAGAUCAUUUAUUAAUUCAAGAAAAACAUAAUUCGUUCCCAUUGGAUCCUCAAAUUAUGGAUCUUAAAUAUCCAAAUGUUCAUAGUAGUAAGAUUAAAAUAGAGACUACUUGGAAAGAUAUCAUUAAACAAGGAAAUAUUAAACUGCAUAAAGCUUCAUCUUUCGGCGGAUAUGGAAAAACAUUGAAACCAGAUCUCUCUCUAAUAGAAUCUACUCUUAGCAAUUCUCCGGAGAAGAAAUCACAAGGAGAAAAAAAAUCAAUAUUUCAAGGACGGAAAGGAUUUUUACCUAAAAUUAAGGAAAGAAAAAUUACAACUAAUUCUAAUGCCUUUUCUCCUGAAAAUGAGAGCAGCGUUUACGCGUUUGAAAGUGAUACUGAAGUACCUGUUAAUACACCAUUCAGAAGAAAAAUUCGUGAUUGCACUAAGUCGUCUAUGGACGUUGGAACUAUAUCGGAACAAAAAAUGUAUGAAACAACAGAAGAAACUACGAAAAUUCAUCUUAAUGUAUUAAAAAAUCAAGAUGAGAUCGUUAAUCCUAAUGCUAUUAGUACCAGCACUUCUGUUGCUACUACUAACAUUGUUAAUACUAUAACAAAUAAUACUGCUACGAGUAGUACUACCACUGCCACAGCCACAAGUACUAUGAUGGAACUUGAAAAUAAUGAAAUAAAAAAUCCACCAAAUGCAGCAUCAUUGAGCAUAAACAAGCUCGAGUUGCCACAGAAUUUUGCAAGUUUAACUAACGUACAAGUUCUAUCUCUAGAUAAGUUGACUACAUCUUGGAGUGAUGUAAAUUGUAGCACUUCGAUAGCUGUUCAAGUUAACUUCGACGACUGUGUACAAAAGCAAGAACAAGAGGAAACAAACGUGACUCAACAGAAAAGUAUUGAGAUAUCUACACAAACUGACAAUAGUAAUAUGAACAGUGACAACGAUGGUCAGUUGUUUUACAUUCCAUUGCAAGCAGUUACAAGAGCUGGUCCCAAUUUAAUUCCAAGUCAACAAUUAAUACAAGGGGUUGCUGUUAAAUUGGGUACCGAAGGGCCAACUGGCCCAAAUCAAAGAGUUCUUCUGCGUGCAAAAUUAGUUACCAAGCCACCUCUGUCGAUCGCUCGUUGUCCUCCUGUUGGAACAGUACAACCAACAACCCGAGCUACACAAAAUUCUUCAAUAGAAAAUCCGACUCAAUCUACGUCAUCGGCGGGAUCAAAUACUGCAUCAAACAUUGCUUCAAAUACUGCUUCAAAUACUGCACCAAAUACCACUAAUUUAAUAAUGGCUCCAACUGCUGUAACCUCUGAAUUUUCUAUACCUUCACCAACAAAACUGCAAGACGUUAUGUCAGGAACAAAUAAACAAAACAAUACAACAAAGUUGAAUAAUAGUACGGAAAAAAUAGUAAAAAUACCCAAAAAUCAAAGAGAAAGAAAAUUAUCCGUAGAUUCAGUUAAAAUAGGAAAAAGGUCUCAAGCAAAGUCACGGCAAAAGGGAUCUGAUAUUUCUUUGAUAAGUAACAGUACACUUUCAAGUGAAAAAAUGUCAAGUAGCGAAGCGUGUCUAGUAGAAGCACCAACAUUUCAUCCAUCGGAAAAAGAUUUUCAGGAUCCUUUGGAAUACAUUGAUAAAAUUAGACCUGCUGUUGAAAAGUUUGGAAUUUGUCGAGUAAUUCCACCUCCUAAUUUUAAGCCAGAAUGUAAAGUAUCCGAUGAUAUGCGAUUUACUGCCUACAAUCAAUACGUACAUCGUAUGCUACACAGAUGGGGUCCUAAUGUGAAAGAAAUGAUGGCCAUAAAAAAAUAUUUAGCAACACAAAGUAUAACUCUUACUCGUCCACCAUGGAUUGGUGGCAUGGAAGUUGAUUUGCCGCAUUUAUACCAAACAGUUCAAAGUUUAGGUGGCUUGAAAGAAGUUAUUGAAAAGAAAAAGUGGCAGAAGGUAGCGGAUGGAAUGAAAAUACCGAAAUCUGCUCAAGAUCGUGUCACUAAAUUAGAUGAUAUUUAUUGUAAAUAUUUAUUGCCAUAUGACACUUUGUCGCCAGAGGAACGUAGUAAAUUAUUUGAUGAAGUUGAAGAGGAAUGGUUAAGAAGAGAAAAUAAAACAUUGCAAAUGCAAGAUACAUCUACAACUGAUAAUGAAGAUGAUGAAGAUGAUGAUACUUCAGAUGAAAUUGAGGAGUGCAUCGUGAAAGGCAGGAAUAUGCCUUUGAAUGCCUUCUACCGAAUCGCACGAAAUACUCAACGCAUGUGGUUCGGAGAAAAUCAACGUUCUGGAAAUGAAUCCGAAGGAGCAUCUGCGGAUGAAGUUGAAUCUGCAUUUUGGAAACAUGUAACAGAAAGAAAACGUCAUAUCUGCGUGCAUGCAGCAAGCAUUGAUUCAAGCGGACGUGGUUUUGGUUUUUCUGUUGCCAAAAAUAGUCCAUUUGCUAGACAUCCAUGGAAUCUAAAAGUUCUUACUAACAAUGCUGGAUCGGUAUUAAGAGCUUUAGGACCGUUAAUGGGAGUAACUGUACCAACAUUGCACGUUGGUAUGUUAUUUACUGCUUGUUGUUGGUAUCGUGAUCCUCAUGGUCUUCCAUGGAUCGAAUAUCUGCAUACAGGUGCUAAAAAAAUUUGGUACGGUAUACCGGACGAACAUAAUAAUAAUUUUAAAGAAGCUUUAACAAAAAUGGUACCACAAUAUUGUAAAAACAAAACUAUAUGGUUACCCUCUGACACUGCCAUGGUACCACCAGAACUAUUAGUUAGCAAUGGCGUCUCUUUGUGUCAGACUGUUCAAGAGCCUGGACAAUUUAUUAUCGUAUUUCCAAAAGCAUUUACAUCCAGUAUAUGUACAGGAUAUGUCGUAUCAGAAAGCGUUUACUUCGCACAACCUUCUUGGCUAGAAACUGCAGAACAAGUAUUCAAAGACAUACAGGACAGUUGUGAACCUUCAAUUUUUUCAUUUGAAAGAUUAUUGUUUAAUAUUAUUAAUGAUUCACGAUCUAAUAUAGAUAUGUUAAAGCAGAUUUUACCAAGCGUUAUACAAAUUCGUGAAAGGGAAAUUGAUCAUCGCAAAAAAUUAAAAUCUUUGGGUCUUAACAACAGAGAGAAAUUACCCUUACCCGAUAGUGGUAAACGUGGAAAAGGGAAAAAGGUGAAGGAAGAUGAUGGAGAUUUUGAAUGCGAAACUUGUAGAGCGAAUUUAUUUGUAUCCUUGGUAAACAAUUCGCAAGACGAUAGUGUCUACUGUCUAGCGCAUGCAUUGCAAAUGCUUACAAAAAAUAAAUCAAUUUUGAAGAGCUGUACAUUAAUGUACACAUAUAGUGAGGAGGAAUUGGAUGACUUAAUUCAUAAAUUGGAGGAUAAAAUUGAAGCCAAAUCUAAGAAAACUAAUCAAAUAAAACAAAGUAAAUAAAGUAUUAAUCCUGCUUAUUUAAUUAUUAAAAAACAUGUAGGUAAUAAUUGCUUAUCUCAUCUUAUCUGUUAAAAUGACGAUUAAAUCUAAUUGUUCGACAAGAUUUAGAAUAGACUAUAUAGAAUAUGUUAAAACAAAAUUAUUUAUGUCAAAGUACAGUUAGAAAAGGAACAGAAAGAGGUGGUAUAACUGUAGUAUGAUUGUAUUAGUUAACAUUGAAGAAUAUUAAGAUAAGUUACAUUCUUAAUAAUAUUUUGUUUAUUAGAGUUCCAUAUAUUUAAUGCUUUAGGCAUCGGUCCAUGUCUGUGUACAUUAAUCUUCUGCUUCAAUGUUUAUAAUAGCUAUUAAAAUCUGUUACCCCCAUGCAGGGUAUUUGUACUGCAAGUUAUAAAUAAAGUACGUCCUUAUUCCUACUGUAUAC